GACAGACCACGGCGUGUCUUGUCUUGAUUGAUCUUGGUCUCUUCGUUAAAUGAUCUCGCGAACGAAGAGAAAGGAUCGACCUUCGAGAACACACCACCAAUUUGACGUGUUGCUGACCAGCGCUCCAUAAAUCACCAACCGGGCUUAAGAGAUAUAUAUCCGGGCUAUCGCAACUGCCCAAAAAGUUGCCAGUCGCAUCCUAGUAACUAGAGUCUGCCAGAUUCUUGUGUCGUGAAUCUCUUUUGACUUCUAACCGAAAUCAUCACCAACACCAGAUCCAUGCCACCAACAUAAGAUUGUCAUCCAGCAUGGCGUCUGAUAUCAAUUUGGCUGAGGCUCUCGAGAGCGUUUCUUCCAAGGCAGUCAAAGAAAGGGAGGAAGGCUUGUCCAACCUUCGGCAAAUCUUGAGACACAACCAAGGAACUUCUAGGAUCGAUAAUCUGAAAGACUCGGGCUUCUUCAAGAUUUACGACUCACUCUUCGGGGUCGUCUCGGCUGAGCUUGAUACGCUCCGGGCUGUCAAAUCGGGUCUGUCGAGGAAAACAACCGUGAGCGCCACAGAAGCAAGACUUUCUAGUUGCUCUGCAACUCUACGUGUGGCAAUCGACGUUGGCAUUCGAAACAUCCGCACCAAAUCUGUCAAGGCACUCAUCGAUCACCUUCUUAGCAACUUUGACAGUUCAGAUGGUACUCUCAACACUUCACUUGCAGGCGAUUAUGCUAAGAAUCUCUCGGUCUUGUUGAGCUAUGAGUCUCACGUUGAGCAUCUGCCUAAAGAGCUAUGGAAGACAGUCAUGGAAUUCUGUCUUGAGAAGAUUCAGUCCUCCUGCAGAUCUGACAAUGGACUGGGAAAUAGCAUCUUGAGCUCACGAUCUUCUCGUUCCCACUUUGCGCCCUCUCAACCAAGUAUGAACAAGGAUAUGCUUCCUAGGCAGGCCGUGGAUGAUUUGGUCGAUGUCCUACGUUCUUUGACCAGUGUUUCUUUCGCGCCGCUUCUUGAACAAGGUCCUCGUAUUCUUACUGCCAUGACGCAAUUUGUGAACACUUCACCACACAUGUCGAAGCCUCAGGUUGACGCGCUGGUGGUCAUCAACUCGACUCUACUUCAAGUCCGCACUGAAGACAUCAAGUUGACCAAGAAGUUCACCCGCGAUGCUCUCUCCUUUACCAAAGCCCUGUGGAACACGAAGCUUGCAGCUCUCAAAGACGAGACUUUAUCGAUGCUAGUCUUGCUGCACCCUUACAUUGAGGUUCUCUCGCAGGAAAAUGAAGAAGAGUUGUUUUUCAUCGAGAUGUCAAAUCUUGUCGACGCUAUCAAGGGCGAAUAUACCAAGCGAGGGGUCAAGGAUCAACUCCAACUGAACCAAUUGACUCUCCGGCUUGCUCUAAAACAACCCUCUGAUAGCCUGCGAUGUCAAGUCUUUGCUUUGCGAGAUGGUCAAACAACCCACGAAAAUGCCUUGAGUUCGGAGCACAGUUGGACCUUGCUGAAGUUACUGUCGCUUCUGUCGGUCUGGAGCCAUUCCCAUGAUCCCCGAAAUGUCAAGAGUUCUACGCAUCCGGAUUCUGGUCCUCAGAAGCGUCAGCGUAUUACGCAAUGGUCAGAUGAGCUUAUUCGAAUGCUGUCCGAUUUCAGUAUAGCCACAAAGCUCACAGCUUUACAACUCAUAUGCUUCGUAGCUCAAUCCGUCACCAUCGAAGAAGAGGCCUUGAGCAACUUGAUUGAGAAACUGGCCACUCUCAUCACUGACGACAACGGUUCCAUCGCUUCUUGGGCCCAUCUCGCUCUGUCGAGUUGCGCUUGUCAAAUCACAGCCCGGGCAGUAAGUCUGUCCGACGCAUGGAAGCAUAUCUGGCAAAACACACUGAGAGCUGUCAGCCCUGCUCAGACUUGCAGGACAGCUUGCCACCUUCUCCACGCCAUAAUUGAGACAGGAUUGGUUGAUCGGACAGUCGUUGUCGACAACGUCGGUUCAAUGCUCUCAAGUAUCUCAACCAACGGACCAUCUGUCUUCAGUGAUUCUGUAGCGGCGUUGUUCAGUACUGUGUUGAUACGACUUCAGCGCGAGGGCACCUCUUUAUCUGGAGAAAGAGCAGAGCAGGUGUUGGCUUGGGUUUUCCGUACGUGGGCACCGAGCAACUUCCACGACAAGAUUUUUGCUUCUCAGAACACUACCAUUGAAGUUGUCGAUAUCAUGAACCUCGUCAACAGUUGUUUGGGUCUUCCCAUGGAGCAAGAGCUGCCCCAGAGCUUACCGAUCUGGGGGUCUGUUGCGCAAUCAUGGAUUUUGCACGCCCAAACUCAGGAGCUUCUUGACUUUCUAUUGCUUAGAAAGAAGAACGCCACGAUUUGUCCUCAACCUGACAGAGCCGAGAAAUUGGCAACUACCGGCUCUACUACAAACAAUGCUGUAGUUUCAUUCUUGCUCGGUCUUUGCACGACUGAAACGAAUAGCGCCAUUGAAAAGUGGGAGAAUAUGAAGGAGCAAGGUGCUGGUCACCUGGACAGGCACAUGGUUCGCGUCGUUGGCACUCUUACCAUGGUCGCACUUUGUCUUGCGAACUGUCUAGGGGCCAAGGAUACUCAUCGAACGGAGCAACUUCGUGGUGCUAAUGAUAGUCUUAUGGGGCUUCUCUUUGGCGACCUUGCGAAUCCGGCAACUGAUCAAGGCAAGGUGGACACCCUUCUUGACCUUGUCGCCCACAGACUCAUCGCUUGUCGCCACGAUGUAGCGGAUGAGUAUGACGGACGCCACGUUUGCAUGUCGAAGAUGUCUUCUUCCUUACUGACACUUCUUGAGAAGCGACGCGAGAUGACACAGUCAGAAUCCUCAAUCAAGAACAACGAGAUGAGUGACAUGGACUUUGACACUGACUUCGAGUCUCAAGUGACUUCGCACACUGCUCCGAUGAACGAAGUGCGUCCUCCAAGGAAGGUUGUUCCAAAUAACUAUAGCAUCGUCUCCCAAAGAGCUGGUGUGACCAUUUACGCAAAGCUGAUGCAAUCUUUCGAUUCGAUCGGAGAGAUUGACGACACCAUCAUGACAGAUGAACCGUCCAAAGACUUCAUAUCUCAGAUUCUCGAACUUCCGCCUCCAGAGAUCUUAGCCAGUGGACCAUUUCUUACAGCUCUACCUCGAUAUGGAAUACAACUCACUCCCAAGCAAUGUGAGCCACUUCUCGGGUUCUUCGCAGAUAACACGCUCCAGUCUUACGAGUUUGAGCGCGCAGAGACAAAUUUGGAACUACUCUUGGGUGUGAUGGAGAGUUUCGUCUAUACCUGGACAGACGCCUUGGAUCAAGAGUUCUACACGUUUGGCCUCGAUAUCUAUAAGUGGUUCACAACGACGGCCCUAAAGGUCAAGCUUCUCUCACCUUGUGUGCAGAAAAGACUUGUUCGGCUCAUUUUUCAGGUCUUGCAGAUUGAUGCAGACUAUGGACAGGCCGACAAGCUUCCGCCUGUACGUUCCACGCUUUUCAGACUGUUGCGAGAAGGCACUUUAGAAGUCAAGUAUUUCAUCGCUCAACGUCUGUCCUCUAUCUUCGAUCUCUUUUCUCUGACAGCUCACGCGGAAAUCUUCGAAGAGAUCAGAUCCAAUCUGCCUGCCGAUUUGGAGUUGACAGAGGGUUUGGCCAUCAGGAUUUUGGUCCUUGCCAAUCUAGCCGCUGGCUGGUACUCGCUACGAAGAUCGUGCAUCUACCACGUCUUCGAGACCGCAGGUAUGAUCACCGAUGUUGAGAGCUAUGCCGCGACAUGCAUUGCCACGAUAUCAGACACGCUCAAGCUCAAAUCCCCAAGAGAAGUAUUUCAGCUCUUCUCGCCUCAGCUACUGUACACUUGGCUAGAGAACCACACGGUCGAGAAAGUGCCGUUCAGGAUCUUUGGCUAUGCAAGCAUGGCGGAUUUGUUGGAACACAACAUCGACGAAAUUCAUGCUCAGCUGGCUGUCCGUGAAAAAGAAGACGAGGUUCGAUGGGUAGUGAGUACAUUAAAGUCGACAGAAGGACAGAUCUUGCGAUCAAGUUUCAGCAAGACGGUCGCCUACGCAAUCUCCUGGGAUGUCUGUGAGAAGCAAGGAUCAUCUCAGGACUCAUCACAGGUUGCUACAGCUUGUGAAUCCCGCAUUCGGACUUCCUUCAAGACCAGUGGCGAAUACUAUAUGAUGGUUCAAUCUAACCUUCCAGACAUCGUGGCUCAGAUCUUUACUUCUGUGUACCACGAGGAUGCGAUUGAAAAGUUGUUCGAGAAAAGACCUCAAUACACAUACGCCAAAGACGCUCUAUCCGCAAUGAAACGAUAUGGGUUCUUGGAUACGGAGCUUUCAGAGGCGCAGCAACCCUGUUUCAAAGGCAGGUAUCUUCUUGAUCAAUUAGAACGGGUGUGCCGCAGAACAGGCAACAAGACAUUCACAACUGUCAAGGAUGUCUUGGAUGUCCCUCACAUCACAGUCACUCUCAGAUCCAUCAUCGAUUGCAUGCAUCCCGCGUACGGUCCGCUUCAUGCUUGCCGGACUGUCAGAAAACUGCGUAUAUUCCUCGCUCUAGCUGGAGACUACGUUUUUAGUGGCUAUCCUUUGCAGACCUUGAUACGGACUCUAAAGCCAGUCAUUGUCGACCCACACUGUUCCGACGAUGCUAUGGGUGUUUUGCAAUACCUUCUCGAGCGUGGAAAGCAGUUCCUCAAGCAAGAGCUGGCCAUGAUCACCGGCACGGCUUUACUGAUACUGCUGUCGCUGAAGCAGUUCAUGACGUCCCGUCAAGACAAAACUACCCAGGAGAGUCAAUUCCGCAGUACAGUGUCGAAAAUGCAGGUAUUUCACGAUUGGCUUGUCGAGUAUCUUCUCGGCUUUCGACCCACGCUGAAAACAACACAGCAACAAGAUGCAUUCAGCUCUCUUGUUCACUCAUGCCGCGAUUUGGAGCUACCUGCAUCUUCGGGUGCAAACGAGGCUGCCAGUAUUAUGCUGAAGGGGCUUCUAGAUGACGAAGAAUCUGGCUCGCCUAUCUUAGGACCCAUGGAGCGCAGACAGGUCAUCUCAACACUUUGUCGCUACUUCCAUGUGACAGACAAGGCCGCAGCCGACAUGUUUGGUUCGGACGAGCUUUCUCUAUCCUACGCUCGUCGGGUAUGGAUAUCCACUCAGUCACUUACAGUGGCUGACGACUACCGAGCGUGGGCUGCACGGGUACUGGGCCGCGCCUAUGCAUCGACUAUCUCGUUAGACCAGAUUCAGCCAACGCAGGGAUUGAUAUCACAUCUUACUGAUGUUGGCGAAGAUGAUGAUCAGGGUCAGAAAAAGAACAAAAAUCCGAUUCAGUCCAUCAGAGCUAUUGUGACAAAGCUCAAGAACCUUCUCUCGAGCGAGGACCGAAUGCACGUUGGUGUAGCCGAGCAGAGUCUAAGAAAAAUUGCCGAUCGUUAUGCGACAUCAAGGAAUCAUGAUGGGUCUAUCGAGUUUGAGCGGAUGUUGCCAGGCCACGUCGUCGAUGCAAUCUCAAGAGUGUACUCCAAAGACACUACUGGAGCUGAAAGUAACCACAAGAUUCGUAGAGAGGAUCUCUGGCAUUCAGCGAAGCUCGACCUAACCACACCAUACGAGCUCUGGAUUCAGAAUUUGACCAUCGCCAUUUGCCGAUGGGCAAAGGACGAGCCCAUUGUUGGUCAGUUGGGAGAGUUUUUCCUUGCUGAUGUAGGAUUUUCGCAAGAGCUCUUCCCUUUCGUUGUUCAUCUUGCUCUCGGUUCUGAAAUCGAUAAAGAGCAGGUUGUGCGUACUUACCUGUCUGAGGCUUUCGUCACACACUUCAGCAAUCAUGAAGCAGAUACAGACAGGAAGUCCCGUCUCUUGUUGGAGUCACUUCUCUAUCUACUCACGCAGAAAGUCCCACAGGAGAGUACGAGAAUGAGCCGUCUUGAAUGGCUGGAACUGGAUUACCUCGUUGCUGCUGAGGCUGCUAACCAGUGCAAUAUGCCCACAGCAUCUUUAUAUCUCGGGGAAGUAGGAUCAGUUCCAGAGUCCGACUCGCGACCGUCGCGGAGAUCUUCCGUGGGCCCCACUACUGCCAAAGUCCCUUCCAACGAGCUCCUCCUGUCUAUCUACAGUCGUGUGGACGAUCCUGACUCCUUCUAUGGCGUCAAACAACCACCCUCUCUGGAGUCAGUCCUUGCACGUGUCCAUCACGAAGGAGACGGACUCAAGGGCUUGAUGCUGCAUUCCGCUCGAAUGGAUGCAUCCAUGCGAAGAUUCGGACAUCCUCACGAAUCAGAUUCUUUCGGUUUGAUUGGCUCUGUUGGUGUCAUGAAUCUGAGCAGUCUCACUCAUGAUUUGCUCAAUCGCAAAGGAGGCAAUCAGUCUACUGCGUCCACAACAGAUACGAUGCUCGAUGCUGCCCGAAAGCUAGAGCAGUGGGAUGUCUCUCCUCCUCAGAAAAACAGUUCACCCGCAAGCACACUAUAUAGUGUAUUCCGUGGUAUUUCUGGCGCUACAAGCCUCGAAUCCGUUCAGGUCGACCUCAACGAAGCUCUAGGAUCAUCUAUCGAGCGUCUGCAGGAUACACGUCUCGAUGCUGCUUCGGUACGCGCCACGUUGUCGGGCAUUGCUGUUUUGAACGAGAUUGAUGAGUUGACCACGGUGAGAUGUUCGUCUGAUCUCACCAAACUCUGGGAGCGAAUGCAAACCAGGCAGAGGGGAUGGGAUAUCGGGCGUUUUAAUGAUGCCCAAAGCAUUGUCUCCUGCCGCGAAACUCUGUUCAGUCUGCUGAGUCGGAACAACAAUCUUCGCGAGGCUCUUCAUGUUAGCAUUCGUGAUUGUCGUGCGAUAGAAGCUCGAUCAGUCAUCAGCUCUUCACAAUUCAGCAGGAGGAACGACUUGAUUCAGCAAUCUUUGACUGCGGCCACCUAUCUCUCACAGCUUGUGCCACUUUGCCAGGAGAUUGAUGUCAAUAUGGACGCGGCCGCUCACUUUGAGGUGGCCACAACGUUGUGGAGACAAGGCGAGAUCUCAACAUCGGUGCAGAUGUUGCAGGAGCUUUGUUCUCGGACGGACCUGCUGAAACAGUCCAUCCAGGUUGGUCGUGCGGGAAUGUUGGCUCAACUAGGUCACGAGGUUGCGGACGCCCGUCUUGAGAAGCCUGGAGAAGUCAUUGCGAAUUAUCUUAGACCAGCGAUUGAGCAGCUUGACAAAGCAACCUCCGGCUCCGAGGCUGGAAAGGUCUAUCAUGAGUUCGCCUCUUUUUGCGAUCAGCAACUCCAGGAUCCCGGCAACCUGGAAGAUUUCCAACGACUGGCAAAACUCAGAGAGCGCAAACUUGGUGAAUAUCGACAAUACGAUAAACUCAUUAAGGGAGCCACAGACAAAGACCGUAAGAGAGAACUAACCCGACAACAAAGGGUUGUGCAAUCUUGGUAUCAACUCGACGACGAAGAGUUCCAGAAGAUGAGACGUAGUCGUGACGACUUUGUCCGUCAAAGUCUGCAAAACUAUUUGCGGGCUCUAAUAGUGUCCGACGAGUUCAACUCUUCUGUUGUUCGCUUCUUUGCUCUAUGGCUGGAGCACUCCGACUCUGAGACAGCCAACACAGUUGUGCAGAAGACCCUCCCAAACGUCCCCAGCUGGAAGUUCGUUGGCCUCAUGAAUCAACAGACGUCGCGCUUGCAAAACGACUCGAGUGUCUUCCAGCAGUCUCUGGCCAAUAUCAUCACCCGUAUCUGCACCGAUCAUCCUUAUCAUGGCAUUCACUACAUAUUCACGACGUGCUAUUCGUCCAUUGUGGAGUCCGAGCAAGCCGCAAGAUCCAGACGUGAUGCCGCCACGAAGAUUGCCAACGACUUAGGCAACGACAAAAAAGUGGCCGAAACGUUACGCAGAAGCUUCAAAGUAAGCCACGCAUAUCACGACCUUGCGGACGAAAAGCUGGAUCCAAAGGACUUCAAAGGAAAAAUCACAGUCAGCAUGGUGCCCAAAGCAAAGGCCAUGGUGAAUACAGUGGUUCCUAGGAAAGUACCGCCAGCCACAAUGUCGGUUGACCUUCGUCUUGACUGCGAUUACUCUACUGUACCAGUCGUCGCCAGAUACAGAGAUGAUAUCCGCAUUGCUAAUGGCCUGAGCGCGCCUAGGGUCAUGGUCGCAAUCGGAUCGGAUGGCAAAGAGUAUAAACAACUUUUCAAAGGUGGCAACGACGACCUCAGACAGGACGCGAUCAUGGAACAAGUCUUCGGUGAAGUCAGCAAGAUGCUGCAGACUCACAAGAACUCCCGUCAACGCGGCCUGCACGUCCGUACGUACAAGGUCUUGCCGCUCACCUCGACCUCGGGCAUCAUCGAGUUCGUUCCACACUCCAUGCCAUUGGGUGAAUACUUGGUUCCAGCACAUCAAAAGUAUCAUCCCACCGACUUGACACAGAAUAAGGCACGUGAAAAGAUAGGUGGCGUCCAGACUAUGCAAAAGGACACGCGCAUCAAGGCAUACCGUGAAGUCGCAGCCAGAUACCAACCAGUGCUGCGCCACUUCUUCUUCGAACGCUUCCAAGACCCAGACGACUGGUUCCAGAAGCGACUCAACUAUACGCGCAGUACAGCCACCAUCUCAAUCCUAGGCUGGAUCCUCGGUCUUGGCGAUCGUCACUGUCACAACAUCCUACUUGACGAACAAAGUGGUGAAGCCAUCCAUAUUGAUUUGGGUGUGGCCUUCGAAGCUGGUCGUGUACUUCCUAUUCCCGAGGUGGUCCCCUUCCGCCUCACUCGCGACAUCGUUGAUGCCAUGGGUGUAACGAAAACCGAGGGCGUGUUCCGCCGUUGCUGCGAAUUCAGCAUGGAUGCCCUUCGCGCAGAAAAAGAUGCCAUCAUGACUCUUCUCAACGUCCUCCGCUACGAUCCUCUGUACUCCUGGACGGUAUCUCCACUCAAAGCUCGCAGAAUGCAAGACCCGAGUCGUGAUGGCGAUGACGGAGGUAAUGGGCUAGGAAGUGCCAGCAAGAGGCCUGAAGACGAAGCUGGAGAGGCAGCGAGAGCCCUGGCGAUUGUGGAGAAGAAGUUGAGUAAGAGUUUAAGUACCGCUGCUACGGUCAACGAAUUGAUCCAGCAGGCGAGUGAUGAGAAGAACUUGGCGGUGUUGUUUGCCGGAUGGGCUGCUUAUUGCUAAGAUGGUGAUGGGUGUAGAUGUACAGAAGCAUAAAGGUACAGUCGCUGUUCUUGCUCUAUAUGGCCUCUACAUACUCAGGAGGUCCACUACUGUCGAUACAUUGUAUACAAAUCAAAGUAUCUCU